GGGACGCCCGGGUGAUUCCAGUAUUUUUUGUACGAUAAUACACGUUUUGAUAAUUUCACCUAAAUGAGAAAAACAAUUCUCAAUGAUAAUAGUAAACCAAAACAACCUACUUCAAUAAACAAUUAAUUAAAUUAAUUUGUGGUGUAUUUGUUCUUACUUUUAAAUAUAGAAUCCUAUAACUUAACUGAAAUUUUUAUUUAUUUAUUUUUUUUUUCUUCAAUUUAACUGUGUGUGUCUGUUGCCUUCAUCCCACCAUUGUCAAACCAUAGAGAAAUUCAGUAAUCAUCAUAAAAAAAAAUUUAAUAAAUAAUAGUUAUACUUAGAUCUUUAAAUAAUAGAUGGAUAAUUUCAAAAAUUUGUGAUGUUCCGGUAUUAAUUAAAAGAUUAUUUGAAUGUUAAAUAAAUAUUGAACUAAAUUUUCAACUUUUUUUUCGUCAACUGUCGAAAAAAAAAGACUGGAUCCGAAAUCGACGCCGAGAUAAAGACGCUUUUUUAUAUAAAGGUUUAUUUUAAAAAAAAAAAAUUGAUAAAAGUUUUCAGAAAUAAAGGUUAAAACAAAAAAAAAAUAUGUCUGGUGCUGGGUCUAGUGGUACUGGUCGAGGAAGGGGUUCUUCCUUAGCUGACAAUAAACCGGAUAACAAAGAAGCUAAACCAAAUCCAAAAAUGUCAAAAGCACUUGGUACAUCUGCUAAAAGAAUACAGAAGGAACUUGCAGAAAUAACUCUUGAUCCACCACCAAAUUGCAGUGCUGGACCAAAAGGUGAUAAUUUAUAUGAAUGGGUGUCAACUAUUUUGGGACCACCUGGAUCAGUUUAUGAAGGUGGUGUUUUCUUUUUGGACAUACAUUUUUCACCAGAGUAUCCAUUUAAACCACCAAAGGUAACAUUUCGAACUCGAAUUUAUCAUUGUAAUAUCAAUAGUCAAGGUGUAAUAUGUUUGGAUAUUCUCAAGGACAACUGGUCACCAGCAUUGACCAUAUCCAAGGUUCUUUUGUCUAUCUGUUCUCUUUUAACAGACUGCAAUCCAGCUGAUCCUUUGGUGGGUAGCAUUGCAACGCAGUACCUGCAAAAUCGUGAAGAACACGAUAGAAUUGCUCGACUUUGGACAAAACGUUAUGCCACAUGAGUAUAUUUAUCAAAAAAAUUUAAAAUAAUAAUAAUAUGAAAAAAAAAAAAACAUCAGCCUCAUGCCAGUUUUACCCAUUGUCCUAUCAUUUUUUUAAAUUAUUAUUAUUGUUAUUAUCAUUUUUUCAAUAUCAUAGAAUUAAAAGUCAAAUCGACAAAAUAAUUGAAGGCUUGGCUGAAUUUUUUUUUUUUUUUCAGUUAAUAUUAUUAAUUAAACUUAAUUAUUUUAAUUUUUCGUAAAUCUCCUUGUAAUCAAAUAUUAAAGGACAAAAGAUACUUGGGUUUAUAUAUAUUUAUAUUAUAAAUAUAUAAAUAUAUUAAGUCCUAAAAUUGUGAUGUGUCAUUAUUAUUAUAAUUUUGUUUUUUAUGAGAAUUUUUCGUGAGUGAGUGUGAUAAUAAAUGUGAACAUAAUAUUUUCAUCAAGAUUAAAUAAUUAACUUCUGAAUAAAAGAAACAUUGAGAUGUGGUGUUUUCGAAUAAUUAAAAAUAAACCGUUAGCUUCGUGGCGAGUGAGUGAAUAUUAUUAUUACAAUAAAAAUUUAAAUAAGAAUUUAAUAUUUAAGAUUCAACGAAAUAAUUUUUUUUUUCUUUUUUUUUAAAUAAAAUAUGGGAAAAAAAAAUAAUUUUUAAAUACAGUCGAUAUUUCCGCGUUUAUUUGUGAUUGUAAAUAGAUAUUUUUCUGUACAUUUUUAAUUUCAAACUUGUGUUGAAUAUUUUAUAAAAAAGUAAUACUAAAAAGAAGAAGAAACAAAAAAAGGAAUAAAU